CAUAUCAUACUUGGUCAUGGACGAGGCGGAUCAGAUGCUCAGCCGCGGAUUCGAAGACCAGCUGCGUAAGAUCGUUGGCCUAGCCACAAGCCGGCAUAUACCACGUCAAACCUCCCUGUGGUCCGCUACCCUGCCAGAGUCUCUGGAGCGACUCGCUCGAUCUGCUGUUCUGAAUCCAAUCACGAUCCACGUUGGCUUUUCUGGACUGACUGCUCGUGGUAUCAGUCAAGAUGUUCUCUUUAUGCACCACUACCAGAAACCUAAAAAGCUUCUGGAGGUUCUGCGCCGCACCACCCGUCCACCGGUUCUGGUCUUCUGUUCCAAUGGCGCUGAAGUCAACGAGGUCGUUGAGCACCUUCGCACGGAACAGUUUCAUGUUGCCGCACUCCAUGCUGACCUACCGCAGUCGGACAGGAAUGCCGCCAUUGACGCUUUCAGAAACGAUAAAUGUGAUGUUCUGGUGGCCACUGACCUGGCAUCGCGUGGCAUCAACAUCCCGUCAAUCUCGCGUGUCAUCAAUUACUCUCUACCUCUAUCCCUGGAUGUCUACAUUCACAGAUGUGGACGUACCAGUCGUAUGGGUGUUGGCGGUGACGUAACAUCAUUCCUGACUUUAGAUUGCAAGAUAGCGUCUGAGCUCAGAGACUUGUUGCGGGAAUGUGAACAGAAUGUGCCACUAGAGCUGGAAGAUGUCAAGCAGUUUGGAAGGCGCAUCAUCGUCACCGAGUUUGGAGACAGACUUGCAACAAACUAGAGCAGAUCACCGGCUUCACACAGAGGCAGGCCAUGUGCAUACGGCUGGAUUGCCGCGUUCCGAUGCUUCCCUGACUGGCGGCACGUUUUGUGCGUCGACCAACCUCUGCGGGUAUUCUUUGAACUACCACCCCGUGCGGUUGUCAUGACUGCUGGCGUGGUGGGGAUUUGGUCUGACAAGUGUUCCUGUAAUGGACGAAAACUGCUGGUAUCUUGUACCUAGUGGUGUUUUUAUUUUAUUUAUUUUUGAAAGUGCACAUGCCUGCAUAGAAUGGAAGAGAACGGCAACAACUGCAGCAAGAGAACAUAGGGGACUACAACGGGUGUGUAAAUGCUAUCAAGCUGUGCCCGCGGUGAGGUGUCUGUAUUGGACUCUCCGUAUGCGCAGCAGGUUAGCUACCACCCGUGCCAGAUUCCAGUUAGCUAUCACCUGUUCCAGAUCCUAUCCACUCAUAGGGCGUCCGUCUCCAGACUCUCCACACUCGUUAUGUGUGGAUGGUUUUUUUCUUCUUUUCUUCGGUGCCACCCAUUCAAUACUCCAGCAGCUUGCACCUCGGCACGUCGUAACUCAACAGCCAAAUACCGAAUCAAACUGUCUCCUUCCCGGGGACACAGUUGGUCGCUUCAGUGCUCAAGCGCGACCAAGGAGAUCACAGUAGCAUCAAGCCCGGCGGAACCGCUCCGAUUGGUCAGGCCAUGGCCGGACCAACUUUUGACCAGCAACGUGUGUUUACUGCCGAGGAGGUCAUGUGUAUUUAGUAUUUACUAUAUCAAAACUGUUACGUGUAUGAAGGACUAGGGUAGGGCCGGACCAAUUAAAAACUGUUUCCGCUGGUCCUGAGCAUUCGGUAUGGUCAAAUCUCUUUUUUGGUAGAGGUCGACUGUGAUGUGAACGCACGCACGAGGCCAUCACGAACAGAUGUAGUGCCUGCAUACAUGCUUGGCUUUGUUACAAGCCUUUGAAGGUUCUUGACUAGCUUCAACAGUUGGAGGCGUUGAGACAGCCGCUCGCUAUCCUCAUCUUGACACAGCUGUAUGUCAUUUUAUCUUAUGAAUUUUGAUGUUGCAACAGAUUUGAACUAUCUUGAA